AUGGCGAGAAACAAGAGAUCUCAGGUUGCAAUUCAAGAGAGAACUGCUAAAAAGAGGAAGCAAGAAGAUCAGUUGCUUCAAGGCGGUGGGUUUACUGAUGUAGGUGACAUUUCUGAUGUUGAAGAUGGCUCCAUGAUAGAUACUUGGGAAACAGAAGAGCAAGAUUAUGAACUAAGACCUAGAUCUUUAAAAGGUUAUGAAGAGGAUGUUGUCGAAGGUUUGCCAGUUAAAGUAGAUGGUAAGAUUACCAGAAAGAUGCGCAAAAAGAAUGAAAGAUUAAAAGAAAAUGAAAAAGAAAAGGAAGAGUCAGACGAUGAUAACGAAUCUCAAGAUGAGAAUGUUAAGAAUGAGAAUGAAAACGAAAAUGAUGGAGAGGAUAGUGAAGAUGAAGUUAAUACUGAAGAAAAAAUUAUUCAGCUAAAGGAAGAAAUUGCAGAAUUGGUGGAAAAUUUGAUGCAAGAUCCUGAAGAGCAUACAAGAGCUUUGACAAGAUUAUGUAAAAUGACCACUUCUAAGAAUCCAAAUACUUGUAAAUUUUCAAUGUUAGCCCUUGUCUCGGUUUUUAAUAGUAUUAUUCCAGGUUAUAGGAUUAGACCAUUAACAGAAUUGGAAAAAAAGGAAAAAGUCACUAGAGAAGUUUCAAGAUUAAGACAUUUUGAACAAAGUUUAGUGGCCAAUUAUAAAAGUUACUUAGAGACGUUGGAACGUCUAGCAAAAACCCCAAAUAAUGCAGAUACCAUUGCGGUAAAUUUGGGUAUUUUAGCCAUGAAAGCUGUUAACCAAUUGAUCCCAAAUGUUUCGCAUUUCAACUUUAGAAGUCAUAUUUUGACCAUAUUGAUCCGUCGUGUAUGUAAACCAAACUUAGCUGCUGAUCCAAUAUCAAGAGACUCUAUAAUAGUGUUGGAACAGCUAUUGAGCGAAGAUGAUGAAGGUAAUAUCUCUUUAGAUAUAAUUAAAAUCUUCUCAAAGACAAUUAAAACAAGAAAUUAUAAUAUUGAUGAAUCAGUUAUAAACAUCUUUCUGUCACUUGACGUUCUUCAAGAUUAUGACCCAAAUACUAAAUCAGACGAAGAUGCCAUUAGAUUGAAAGUAAAGAAAAAGGACAGAGUACAUUUAUCAAAGAAACAGAGAAAAGCAAGAAAAGAGAUGAAGCAAAUAGAAGAAGAGAUGAGAGCAGCUGAACAAGCUGUUUCUGCAGAAGAAAGAGAAAGGAAUCAAGCGGAAAUUUUGAAACUCUUAUUGUCAUUAUACUUAAACAUUUUGAAAAUUGCAUCCCAAAAAUUAGUGGGUACAGUUUUGGAAGGUUUGGCUAAAUUUGGAAACAUGGCAAAUUUUGACUUGUUAGGUGAUUUCCUUGAUGUUAUGAAAGAGCUAAUACAGGACUCUAUCAUGGAAGAUUUAACACCUUCUGGGUUGAGAAAGAUAUUACUGUGUAUUGUUAGUGCAUUUUCUUUGGUAUCAAACCAUAACCAAAUGAAAUUUAACGUUGAUCUUUCCAAAUUCAUUGAUGCUUUGUAUGCUGUCUUACCUUAUAUUUCUUUGGAUGCUGAUAUUGAGCUUUCCUAUAAAUCAUUGAGAUUGACUGAUCCAUUAAACAAUGAGAUUCUAAAACCAUCAGUAAAUGUCUCAACUAAAGCUGAAUUGUUACUAAAAUCAUUAGAUCAUGUUUUCUUUAGAUCAAAAUCAGGUACAAGAGAGAGAGCCGCUGCAUUUACGAAAAGAUUAUAUAUCUGUAUGGAACAUACGCCAGAGAAAACUACAAUUGCGCUUCUGAAGUUUAUUGAUAAAUUGAUGAAUAGAUAUCCAGAAAUUGGUGGGUUAUAUUCCACAGAAGAUAGAAUUGGUAAUGGCCAUUUCCACUUAGAAACGGAUGAUUUAUCAAGAUGUAAUCCAGAUGCAGCAACAUUGUGGGAAAAUGCUAUACUGUCUCGUCAUUAUUCUUCAUCCAUUACAAAAGGUGUACGUGCUCUUUCCAAUCGUUCUAGGGAAUCUCAUAAAUAA